GAGGACAGAGGAAGAUCAAUGUCGGAAGCGUCUCUUCUCGCUUCUCCUUUUCUCCACACCAAUUCUGGAAUCCAUUCCGAUUCUUUCUACGCUGCACUUAUCGAUAAUUCACCUCACAGAGCUCAGCUGAGGCAAAUCCACGCACGUUUACUGGUUCUGGGUUUGCAGUUUAGUGGUUUCUUGAUCACCAAGCUCAUCCACGCAAGCUCUUCCUUUGGUGACAUUUGUUUCGCACGCAAGGUGUUCGACGAUUUACCUCGCCCUCAGAUAUUCCCUUGGAACGCCAUCAUCAGGGGUUACUCCAGAAACAAUUUCUUCCAAGAUGCUCUUCUCAUGUAUUCCAAGAUGCAACUCGCUCGCGUUUCUCCUGAUUCUUUCACUUUCCCUCACCUCCUUAAAUCCUGCAGCGGGUUGCCUCACCUUCAGAUGGGUCGUCUCGUCCACGCUCAAGUAUUCAGGCUUGGCUUUGAAGCUGAUGUCUUUGUUCAGAACGGUCUCAUUGCCUUGUACGCGAGAUGCAGGCGUAUGGACCGCGCAAGAACCGUGUUUGAAGGAUUGCCUCUGCCAGAGAGAACGAUAGUCUCAUGGACGGCUAUCAUUUCGGCUUAUGCUCAGAACGGUGAGCCUGUGGAGGCUCUCGAGAUUUUCAGUCAGAUGAGGAAGAUGGAUGUGAAGCCAGACUGGGUAGCCCUUGUCAGCGUUCUCAAUGCUUUCACCUGCCUGCAAGAUUUGGAGCAAGGGAGAUCUAUUCACGCUUCUGUUGUGAAGAUGGGUCUCGAAACAGAGCCUGACCUGCUCAUCUCUCUCAACACAAUGUAUGCAAAAUGUGGCCAAGUCGCGACUGCCAAGAUCCUGUUUGAUAAGAUGAAGUCACCAAACUUGAUACUGUGGAACGCCAUGAUCUCUGGCUAUGCGAAAAACGGCUACGCCAAGAAUGCUAUUGAUAUGUUCCACGAGAUGAUCAGUAAAGAUGUCAGACCUGACACCAUCUCUAUAACAUCUGCCAUUUCGGCUUGCGCUCAAGUGCCAGGUUACUUUUCAACAACGCUCUUGUCAUACAAAUACUCAACGAAUUCAUCGAUGAGGUAA